AAGGGAGGGAUGGAAGGGCUAAGGCAGCCUUUACUGGAGAGAUUGGGAUUGGAGGAAUAGGAAAUGAAAGAGGGAGGGGGUCUCUAUUCCCCACCACUGGAGGGACUGGGGGUGGCAAUGGUUCUUGAAACUCGUUCCCGGUACUUUCUCCUGUAACAGAUCCUACUUCAGUAUCCCCAUAGCAAGUGGACAACCUUAUACCAGCAAAUCUACUUUGAAUGUCUUUAUCCUCUCUCUUCUCACGUCUUCCCCUCUCACAUUUUAUUAUGUUAUCAGUCCCUUCAUUAUAAACAGUGGCUCAGAAUUUCUAAACCUUGAUCAAUGGGGGAAGGUUUUAUUCCUGUUUUGAGCCCAACCAGCCCAACUCUCUUGACAGAGCACUAUUCCUUGAGCUAGAGGGGGAGAUCCGAACCACUGCUACUGCUGCUGCUGCUGCUUCUUCUUGCAUCAGGAGAAGACCAGGUACCCCAAGGACAAUGGUUCUCUUCUGCUGGGCAUUUCUCAUUUUCUGUGAGUGGAUCCUGCAAAAGGCACUAUGCUUAGAAGGUCACAUGUCAAAAACCUUGGGAUAUCUUGACUUUGGAGCAACUGGAAUGGUGAAAAAUGGACCAUAUGGCACAACCAAGCCUCAUUCUCUUUACCCAUCUAGAGUCUUUUCUACAGACCCAUUCAAAUCAAAGCCUCCUAUCCAGUCUCCUAUUAAUCCGUGGGAAUGGAAUAAAAACCAAACACUUCUGAGCGGGGGAAUGGGCCAGAGAGCGAAACGUAAGCCUUCACUGAAGACCGGAAGGACCAAGAAGAUAUUUGGCUGGGGGGACUUCUAUUUUAACAUAAAAACUGUCAAGUUUAGUCUGCUUGUGACAGGGAAGAUUGUGGACCACAUUAAUGGAACGUUUAGUGUUUACUUCCGCCAUAAUUCCUCUAGCCUUGGCAAUGUGUCGGUAAGUAUUGUACCUCCUACCAAGGUGGUGGAGUUUGACCUUCUUCAACAGUCUACCAUAGAUACCAGAGAAACUAAGACUUUUAAUUGUAGGGUGGAAUAUGAAAAAACCAACAGAGCCUUGAAGAACAAGCCAUGCCUUUAUGACCCUGCAAAAUCCUGCUACAUGGAGCACACUCAAAGUCAUGCUGCUUGGCUGUGCGCUAAACCCUUCAAGGUGAUCUGCAUAUUUAUCUCCUUCUACAGCAUUGACUACAAGCUGGUGCAGAAGGUGUGCCCGGAUUAUAAUUUCCAGAAUGAGAAUCCAUACUUUGGUUGAUUCACAAACUGACAAGGAGGUCAGCAAACAGCUUUGUACAGAAGUGGAUUGGAUCUAUUAGGCACUACCAUAGGUCUUACUACCAUAAAGUGAUCAUUUUUCCAGAUCUACCCUUACAAAUGGAUUAGCAAACUGGAACUUUAGUUAACCCAAAGUACAUAAUAGCUUUACACUUACUGAGUGGUACAAAGAUAAGCAACAACAAAAUCAGUGCUGGACAAAACCUGGGAGAAAUUACUUUGUUUUUAGGAAACACAAAAGUGAUUGUCUAUAUGGUAACAUGUCAUGGGAUUAUUGGCAUAUCAUGUUUUGUAUUUGAAAAUCAUUUCUAGCAGAAAACAAAAUUAAAAUGAUGUAGUCACCAUGCAGAUCAUA